AGGUGCUGGAGCUGCUAGUUCUGGAGGUGCUGCUGGUGCUGGAGGUGCUGGAGCUGCUGGUGCUGGAGUUGCUGGAGCUACUGAAGCUAGAGGCAUUGGAGGUGUUGGAGCUGCUGGUGCUGGAGGUACUGGAGCUACUAGUGCUGGAGGUACUAGAGCUGGAGGUACUGGAGCUGCUGAAGCUGCUGGUGCUGGAGGUGCUGCAGGUGCUGGUGCUGGUGGUACUGGAGCUGUUGGUACUGGAGGUACUAGAGCUGUAGGUACUGGUGGUGCUGGAGCUAGAGGUGCUGGAGGUACUGGAGCUGCUGGUGCUGACGGUGCUAGAGCUGGAGGUACUGGAGGUGCUGGAGCUGGUGGUACUGGAGUCGUUCUCGUGGUUUCUCGUCCUCCACCUGUCCCCGGCAUGCACACUAUGGCACUUCGUCCUUCCUCUGUUCCAUGGCGUGUUGCUCUGCCAUCUCCCCCGGCGUCCUCUUUUCCUGACGUUCCUGACCCUGAGUCCAACCUUGCUCUUACUGCUAGUCCUACUGGCACUCGUCUCCUCGCUACUGUUGUCACUGACCCUUCCUUUGAGUCUACUGCUGCAAUUGCCCCAGUCACUGAGCUAGUCGACUUUGCUGCUACCCGUCGUCUCGACUACGUUGCGAGUCUUUGUCUCGCGGCCGUUUUACCCCGUUUCGCGUCCCUGCUGCUUUGCCCUGAGGGAGACCCGAAUGCACUGGACAUCCCCACUCCGCGCUCUUACGCAGAGGCGAUUACGGGUCCUUACUCCUCUCAGUGGCAGGCAGCCAUGGAUGCCGAGAUGGCAUCGUGGAAGUCCACAGGCACCUACGUCAACGCAGUUCCCCCGUCUCGGGCAAACAUAGUCGAUGGCAUGUGGAUUUUCAUAAUGAAGCGGCCGUCGGGUUCUCCUCCUGCCUUCAAGGCGCGUUACGUUUCUCGAGGCUUCAGUCAGCGACAGGGGGUCGACUUCUUCCAUACCUUCUCCCCCACCUCGAAGAUGACUACUCUUCGGGUGUUACUACAUGUUGCAGCACAGCGUGACUACGAGCUGCACUCCCUCGACUUCUCCACAGCCUUCUAG